UUUUCAGUUUGCGAUGUUUGUGGAAAAAGAUUUUCAUGCUCAUCGUCUCUGAAUCGGCAUAUGAAGAAUAUCCACGGAAAAGUAGUCAGUCUGAAGAUAAACCAACACAUCGUUUGUCCUUUGUGUUCAAACGAAAAGAUUUGCUUUUCUUGCCAUGAGGGAUUAUUGGAUCAUUUAAAAAAUAUCCACAAGGUAAGUAUUAAAGAGAGCGUCUUAAAUUUUAGGAACCUUCAAGAAUUUGAUGCUUGGAAGUGUUUAGAAAAUAGAGAAAUUGAUUAUGCUUGUCAUCGAAAAAUAAAAAAAGCCAAUGGAGAUGAAUAUGUAUAUUAUAAUUGUAAUAGAAGCGAUUCUAGGGGUUUUGAGAGUAAAUCAGUUGAACGGAACCCAAAGUCUGGAGGAAGUAUUCGCAUACAAGGAAUAUGCCCAGCAAGGAUAAUAGUCCAAAUCUGUGUUAAUGGGAUGAUUAGGGUCCGAUACUUCGAAACUCAUGUUGGGCAUAAUAUAGAGUUGAGGAGUAGACGACUGACCAAAUCUGAACAACAGACAGUCGCAGAAAAAUUAAUAGCUGGGGUUUCCGUCAAUAGAAUUAUUCAGGAUGCAAGAAAAAUAGAAAACAGCACAUUGGAAAGGAUAAAUAUUAUGUCAAGAGGAGAUUUAGCAUAUUUAAUGAGAAAAUUUAAUAUUUAUAACCAAAGAGAUAAAGAUGACAUGAUAGCAACUGCAUUGAAAGUUGAAGAAUGGAACAAGGACGGAAGGAAUUAUGCAUUUUUGUUCAAACAGAUUGGUACAAGCUAUCCAGGAUUAAAGGAUGAAGAUUUUGCAGUGGGCUUCAUGAAUAAUAUAAUGGAAAAAAAUUGAAGGAUUUUUCAAAGAUCAUUUGUAUGGAUGGUACUCACGGAACUAAUAGGAGAAAUUGGCAGCCGACUACAGUUUUAGUAAAAGAUGAUCAAAAUAUGGGUUUCCCUGUGGCAUUUUUGGUAACUAAUAGAUUAGAUCAAGUAAUACAAAACAUUUUUUUUAGAGAAUUGAAAUCAAGACUGGGACAAACUAUCGACGCUGAAUAUAUAAUGACUGAUGAUGAUCCAAAAUACUAUAAUGCUUGGACCUUGAACAUGGAAACAGAAGAAAAACCAAGAAGACUGCUUUGUACUUGGCAUGUGGUU